AUGUCGAGAAUGACCAGAUCUCGGGUCAAGGAAGAGCCUAUCGAUGAGCAAGUGCCGUCAGCUCCAGCGAUACCAGCGAUGCCAGUAGCGAACGGCACUGCUAGUCGUGCCGUAAGCAUCAGCUCUAUGUCAGCACAUGUCGUAGACUCGCGCCAAACACCUCUCCCAUCGACUACACACACAACCCCUGCCCACGAGCCACACCAGCUCCAAAGUUCAGGUGAUACGACCGUUCCCGACCAAGACACAGAGAUGGCAGAUACCGAGCGCUCCCAAACGUUCGAUGUGGCAGAAGGCGACGCCAUGCUUGGUCUGGCACAACACUCUCACCAGCUUAUUCAUGCCAUCCAAAACCUCGAUGCGCUAGGUAUUGAUGCCACUUUGCCCUCACUACCACGCUUUAUCGUGGUCGGAGACCAGAGCACCGGUAAAAGCUCGAUCGUUGAGGCUAUCUGCGACAUCACAGUGCCAAGAGACCAAGGCACAUGCACUCGGUGCCCCUUCCAGAUCACGACUUCAGCAGUCCGAGGCUCAGGCCCAGCAAGUGCUGGCUGGAGUUGUACCAUCACUCUUCAAUACCGCUACAUCUACAACCCGGAUGCGCGACAUGGACGUAACCGCAACGAGCUCGAUCGCUGGACGGAGCAGGAGCUGUAUGUCGAACCGUUCAUCACCAUCGAAGACAAGGGCCAGCUCGAAGACAUGCUACGACGUGCUCAGCACGCCAUCGUCAACCCUAGUCGCAACCCACGCGAUUUCCGUAGCGGGCCUCAUAGCGAUAGGAUUGAGGUCGGCUUCUCCCCGAAUGUCGUCAGCCUCCAGAUCCAAGGUCCUGGCUUGUCUGAACUCUCUUUCUUCGAUCUCCCUGGUGCCAUCAACGUGGACCCGAACGGCGAAGACCACCUGGUCGUGCUAGUUGAGAAGCUUCUGAGGUCAUACUUGCGCCAGCCGAACACGCUCAUCCUGCUCACCUGCGCCGCUGAUCAGGACAUCGAGAACUCGACAGCAUUUCGAUAUGCCAAGCAGAGUAAGGCUUUGGACCGUUGCCUUGGCGUGCUAACCAAGCCAGACCUCGUUGGACCACAGCGGCGUCACUUGAUCGAGGACAUGCUUGCGGGUAACAAGUUUGUACUCGGUAGCACGAGCGCAUGGUUCGUGACGAAGCAGCUAGCUCAAGAAGACCUAAGUCAAGGCUACGAUCGGUCUCAGGCCCGGGCGUUCGAAGCAGAAUUCUUCCGCAAAGGCAUAUGGGCGACUGACCUUGGAAAAUACGCCGAACGCUUCGGAACACCGAAUCUCCAGUCCGCAGUGUCACAGAAGCUUACGCAGCAGAUUUUACACGAUCUACCCCAGAUCCUUCAACGUGUAGAGCAACGUCUUUCCGAUGUGGAUGUCGAAUUGAAAGGCUUUCCAGAGAAACCAAGAUCGGCUGCGCUCACGGUGCUGCAAGCAUGCGAUGCCUUGACAAGAUCUAUCGAAGCCAACCUGCGCGCCGAUGGCACAGACUUUCGCACGCUGUAUCGGCGACUUCUCAAGACGGCCCAAUCUCAGCUUCAAGAACUCCGUCCCUUUGUCAAUCUCAAUACUCCUGGCUUCCAAAAGCAAGCUAUCUCACUGGACUCCGAAGAGGAUAGUGACCCGACACCAGACAACACUCCAAGCGGAAAGAGACGUAGAGUCGACGAUGGUCGAGUUCAGCCUGUUCCCAGCACCCCAGUCCGCCGCACACCGUUCCGACCAAGACCUACCCCCACACCUCUCUCGGCGCCUCGCCCAAAUUUCAAGACAGAUUUACCAUCCACAAGCAGGCUGAAGGUCAGACUCGACGAGGUCCGCGAGCUGUACGACAACGGAAGCAACUCUGGCCUUCCAGACCAGCUCAACCCGAGGGUAACAGAUGAUCUCGUACGCAUGUCGCUGAAACCGUGGAGCGAGCUUGUUCCUCGUCUUAUGGGGCAGGUAAGCAAUCUGGUAUCCGAGAUGCUCAAGGACAGUAUCGACGAAGCUCUCGCCACGCGCAAGCGCACGCAGCUUUUCGUCCGCUCCACAAAGGCUAUCGAUCAUCUUUUCGAAGGUCUUAUGACAGGUGUGCAUGAACGUGUCUCGAAUACGCUAGACUGCGAGAUGAACAGGCCUAUUACCUACCAAUCUGUGAAGACCUUCGCGGAGCCUGUUAGGGCGAAGCUAUUGCAGGACCGGGCGACUAUCCGCGUUAACGAGUACUACGAUACCUUGGAGAGCAAGGGCGCGAAGGUCCCGCCAACGGCCGAGCGUAUGAAGAAGAGGGUAGAUCUGGAAAAUGGUCCGCUUAGGACAGAUGAGUGGGGGCGCGAGGUGGCUGCUAUAGCUACGCCGCUUACCUACUACGAUAUCGCAUCCGCACGCCUGCUCGAUAGCAUCUCGCUUAUGCUCGACUAUAAUCUGCUUCGUGGUCUGCAGGUGGAGCUUCUCGAUACGCUUCGUUUUGAACUCCGUGUCACGGACGAAGCGUACUGCGCUGAGCUAAUUGCCGAAGACCCAGCUCGCGAAAAGCGUCGUAGGGAUCUUGAGGUCGAGAAGGGGAAGCUAAAUCUCGCGCUCGCAGAGUUGCAGGGGCUGCGUGACCAAGCUGGCUUUUAA